GAAAACAGGACACUACUUCAAUUUUUUGCCUAUUCAAUCAAGUUUAGCAUCAUUCACUUACCCCUCCUCUCGAUCCUGAGCGGGAGUUAUGCUCCGGGGUGAGAGAACCAAGCAGACAUCAGGUUGAAAUGGCUAUAUAUACCUAGAUGUUUCCCUUCUAAACUCUUUCAAUCUAUCAACAAGCAAUCCACAUCUUCCAAACAUUCAAACAACUUCAACAACAUACCAUAUAAAUCAUCAACCAAUCUCAAAAUGAGCGGAACAUACAAGCCAACUGAGCACGGAGGUCUUAAGGAGGACGGUACUCCAGACAAGAGAGUUGGAACCGGCGAGUUUGCUUACGGCCAAGUCGACCCAGUUGAAGCUGGAACCAAGGGUGGAUCUACCAGCGACGGAAGCACUGAGAGCAGUGGUAGUGGCAAAGGCGAAUUUGCACAUGGAAAGGUUGAUCCAGUCGAGGCUGGCAAGAAGGGAGGACAAGCUUCUUAGGUGGUCUCAAAGGUUCAGUGAUGUGUGGACUUUCAGUGAUGGGAACGUCGACUGUGUACAACGAAAUAAUUUUGGAUGUCCUAUUAGUUCUAGGUUGAUGAUGAAUUAUGAUAAUUGCGAAGUAUUGAGUUAGCAACAAUAAUAUAAUUCCA